AUGGGUUUGUCCACAGACGAAAAGCCCAAACAACCUCCGGCUAAGCCCGAGGCCGAGAGCAGCGCACGACCACCUUCCUACGGCGAGCACGAAGUGCGUCCGCUCGAGCUGCCCCUACUGAACCUCUCUAAACCCAAGACCGGGGUUUGUAUGAUUACGAGCGACCAGUGUGUCGCACACCUCAAGUUCCUGGCUGUCCUGGCAGACCUACGCGACACAAUAUCCAGCGCUGACGGCCUCUUCGGUAUUUAUGACUCCGAGGCCGACCGCUACCCAUACUCAACCGAUGAGGCCCGAGUCCGCAUUCGCGAGAAGCGAUGGGCCGUGUAUACGGCACGCGCGGUCGACCGGUACACCGAAUGGUGGUUUAAGUGCUUGCCGAUGUCAAGACCCUUGGCCACCAUCAGCGACUUGACACAUCCAUCGUACACAACUGUCACAAACUGCGAGACUAUGAUUUUGUGGGACGAGAAAAACAUGCCCCCCAUCGAUAUUCUGAUGGUCUGGCAUUCUCACAUGCUCAAUCCAAGAAGCUUCCUCGAAGACUGCAUCCGCUAUGGCAAGAUGAGUACCUGGAAAACUGGGUUUCCCUUCGAGGCCGUGGAUCGGUGUAUCAACAACCACACGCUGGAGUACACGGUCAGCGGUGAAGCGAUGCGGCUGUUCGCGCAGCAGAUAAACCUUCAAUGGGACAACCUGUACGACCCACCAACCAAGGAAAUUGCGUGCCCGCGCUGUCGGGUGGUGAAUUCCGUACCAUGGACGAAAGGUGACAUCGGGGCCUCUGUCGCAACCGCCUUCAAGGAAGGGACCGGUUAUGCCGACCACUCAUUUCUGGCUAUUUGCACGAAAUGUCACCUUUCAAUCGAUCAUGGCCGACUCAAAGUGGAGAAAUUCCGCAGAGACGUCGGGGCGGUGUUGCGAGACCAACACCCGAUGCCGGGAUCAUUCUAUAACAUCAAUGGUGUCCCCGAGGGAAUGCCUGUAACGGCAAACCAGCUCAAUCACCGGCACAUGAUGUAUCCUACCCGAUUUAUCCAAGCCGCUGGAGAUGACUUGUACAAAUUCACGGACCCUCGUUUGGAUUGGUGCCAGGACAUGAGCCACUUGCGCAAGCAGCUUGAAGCCAAUCUAAAGGACAAGAAAGUGAUCGCGGCGGCGAACGAGGGCUCGAUUCGGCUUAACAUGCGACCGGGACAGAAGGUGCAUUUCCGGCGCAUGAUGUCGCGGUACUGGGACAAUCUGGGACCGUUCGCGCUCGACCUCGUGGGCGCGGUGAUUCGGCAGGGGGUUUUCGUUCAAAAGAUGGACAACAUUGACUGGCUCCACUCGCCGACCGUCAUGGAUACUGCGAACCGCAUAGUCGACAAGUACCGGGUCUUCUUCCGCAUCAUGAUGGAGAACCCACGCCACAUGGCUGUGCCUACCCUCGAUGUCGAUCUGGGCUGGCACACGCACCAGCUCAUGCCGUCGUACUACUAUGAACGCAGCACGGCGCAGCCCAGCACGGGCGGCACGUACAUCUUCAUCGAUCACGACGACAAGGUCGAUGAGAACAAGCUCUCCGAUGGUUUCGAAUGGACCAGCAAGAUGUACCGCCGGAUGACGGACGGCGGCAUCUACAGCGAGUGCACGUGCUGGUAUUGUGAGGCGACCCGUGUCCCAGACCUGUACGACCGGAUAUUCAGCGUGGGCUCGGCCUCGCGCGCCCGCAACGCCGCCGAGGCCCUGCACGAUCGGCCGGAUAUUUCAUCAGACCCAGACAAGAACCCGCACAUCUCCGCGCAUAACGCCAUCCGCCCGGUGCAGAGGUACGUCGGAGACGGAAGGAUCGGAAGCAUCCAGCGAAUCCGCCUGAACAAGAACUACGAGAAACUCGCCCGGCGGGCUGAGAAGCGCGGCCGUCAACGCUCCGACUCCAAGUCGACCAGAGAUGGCGGGGUUGAGCCCAACUAUGCCAUGCCGAUUGCGUUUGGCUAUGCCAUGGCCGUGCCCUACUACGGGCCUUACAUGGCCGAUCCUUGUGUCAGCGCUGAUGCCUACGCCACUAACCCGGGCUGUAUGAACGUCGCCCCCGGCGGCGCCGGCAACUGCUGCUCUGGAACUUGCGGGGGCGGGGUUGCUGCGGGCUCCUGUGGUGGCGUAGGAUCCGGGGCUGCGUGUGCCGCUGGAUGUAGUGGUGGAUCUGGCGGAGGGUGCGCUGGAGGGGGAUGUGGCAGUGGAGGAUGCGGAGGUGGCGGUGGUGGAGGUGGCUGUGGUGGUGGUGGUGGCGGUGGCUGUUAA